UGUAUGCAAGAGCGACAUCGUCAUCCUCCGCCUCAGCUGGACACAAGUCACCCUCAGAUGAUAAUGAUAAUUGUGGGACUGUUGGUUUCUUCAGUCCGCUCAUUUGGGAUGAUUAUUGAUGUUAGGGGGGAUCUCAUACAUCCACCUCCAGGCUCUCCUGACAAACCCAUUCCUCCUGAUGACUAUUUUGAGGGCUCUGCUGCGCACAGUGACAAGAUGCCUAUGUAUUCUUAUGAUAAUUACUUUAUGCCAAAAGGAGACAAUGCCAUAGCCAGAGAAGCGCCAAUGAUGCCAGGAUACCCCAUGCCCAUUUUACCAAUCCCACCUGACAGAUAUCCCAUCAUGCAACCAAAACCUCCUACUGGGAACAUGACUCAAGGAUUCCGAACAGUAUUUACUAGACAACAACCAGACUUUUCAUACUGUGAUGUGCUUCUUGAGGUACCUGUACCUCCACCGGGGGAUCAAAUGCCAUGGUUCUGCAUUUGUCAACAAUGUAAACGGGGACCCGUAGCUCCAAAAGGUGACAAAGGAGAUAAAGGCCAACCAGGUCCCAGCGGUAGUCCAGGAAUAAACGGCAUGAAAGGAUUUCAAGGCCCCCCAGGGUUUAUAGGUUUUCGGGGGCCGAAGGGUCUGAAAGGUGAUAUUGGUGAAAAAGGAGAUUUUGGUCCAUCAGGUUUUGCGGGACAAAAAGGAUUAAGAGGUUUCAAAGGUGAUAAAGGAGACAUGGGUGUGGAUGGGAAUCCAGGGCACCAGGGAUUACCUGGUGAGCGAGGAGAGUGCCCCGCAAUUUGCUACUCGAUGGAGGGACCUCUAGGAGAAACUGGCCCACCUGGGAUAGUAGGAGAAAGAGGCCUCCCAGGGGUAAGAGGAAGUCCAGGGCUGAAUGGCCAGAAAGGAGAGUUGGGCAACAGUGGUCCACCUGGAGCUCGAGGUUUAAAUGGCCAAAAAGGAGAUGAGGGCGAACAGGGGCUGUGUCACUGCAGGGAUGGAGUAGAUGGUGUGAAUGGGACAACUGGAAUUCGUGGAGAAAAUGGCAGUAAAGGGGACGAUGGCCGUCAAGGUGCGGCAGGGGUAAAUGGAGCUAAAGGGCAAAAUGGGGAUCCAGGUGAAACAGGUGUUCCUGGUCCAUGCUCUCCAGCAAUACAGUCUGCAUUUUUUGUUGCGCUAAGCAGCAGUUACCCAGUGCCAGAUAUGCCAGUUCCUUUUACUAAUGUUAUUUACAACAAAGGGUUUAACUUUGAUGCCUUGACGGGUGUCUACAGGGCUCCCGUCAAUGGCACUUAUGUCAUGACGUACCACUUGGCUGUCUACAACAGAAUGCUUAAAGUAGGCCUCUUCCACAACUUCAGUCCUUUAGUAAAAAGUACAGGGUCAACCAGUUUAAGUACACUUUCUCAUCAGGUGAUACUGCACCUUACCGUGGGUGAUGAAGUGUGGAUACAGGUGAGGGAUGCCAACUCCAAUGGUAUGUACGUUAGCAGUGAGUACAGCAGUAGUUUCUCUGGCUUCCUGCUCUAUCCAGAUAGCUGUGAUAUACCAAUGUCACGUGAGUUACCAGAGCCGAUUAAUGGAACUUAUAGCUGGGUUGAGCUAUAAAAGCCCACCACUCCUGCCCCAGAUGUAAGUCCUAAAUUAGGUCUAACAGUAAAGCUUUUCAUUUAAUUUACAUACAAUAGGUGGAUAACAGGUGUAUUUGUGCAACAUCUGUGCACAUUGAACUAUCUGCCUAAGCUAGAAAAUAUGUGCAAAAAAGUUUAUCAGCUAAGCUGCAGCUGGUUAAAACUAAUGUUGUCAGAAGCGGGUGAUUAAAUGAUAAUGAUUCAUUAUCAUUUAAGCUUUCAAACAGUUAACAGACAGUAGUAAGCUAACUAGAGACAUAAAAAAUAUUACUCAUAAAUGAAUAACAUUGUUUGUACAUAACUGCAGUCAACUAAAACACUUGUUUUGUUCUUUUUAAUAUGUUUGCACAAUUUUACCUGGAAAAUUAUUAUAUUAAAUAUCUUUUUUAGAUUACUAUCAAAAGUAUUUACUAAUUUUAAUCUGUAUGAAAAUACAUUACUUUUAUUUCUUUUGAAAAUUCUAUGAAACUAUGUACUGUACAUG